GGGAAGAGGCCCCGCACUGUGAUCGCUACACCGGGGGAGCUGAGCGGACACCGGCGAUCAGGGAUCAGUAAAUAUAUUGAUGCACAGGGAAUCGCAAGCAGCAUCCUGUCAUCCUAUUCACAAGAAACGGGAGAACUCUCGAUCAGUGUAUGCAUUCCUCGGCAUUCAAACGUCGUGUUCACUCCAAGCAUCAGUCGUUGGAUCAAAUGGACAAUGGAGACUGGGGAUACAUGAAGACUGACCCAGUCACACUCAAUGUUGGGGGCCAUGUAUACACAACAUCGUUGUCUACGCUGACCCGUUAUCCUGACUCCAUGUUGGGUGCCAUGUUCCGUGGCGACUUCCCCACCGCUAGAGACUCACAGGGUAACUACUUCAUCGAUCGCGAUGGUUCUCUUUUCAGAUACAUUCUAAACUUUCUUCGGACAUCAGAACUAACUCUUCCCGUAGACUUCAAGGAAUAUGACCUGCUUCGGAAAGAAGCAGAUUUUUAUCAGAUCGAACCUCUAAUACAAUGUCUAAACGAUCCUAAACCUUUGUACCCCACGGACACCUUUGAAGAAGUCGUUGAACUAUCUAGUACGAGGAAACUGUCCAAGUACUCCAAUCCUGUCGCCGUCAUUAUUACCCAACUCACCAUCACAACCAAGGUGCAUGCCUUACUGGAGGGGAUCGCCAACCACUUCACCAAGUGGAAUAAGCACAUGAUGGACACUCGGGAUUGCCAAGUUUCCUUUACUUUUGGGCCUUGUGAUUAUCACCAAGAGGUCUCCCUCAGAGUCCAUCUGAUGGAGUACAUCACUAAGCAAGGCUUUACAAUCCGGAAUACCCGGGUCCACCAUAUGAGCGAGCGGGCCAACGAGAACACAGUGGAGCAUAACUGGACUUUCUGCCGACUUGCAAGAAAGACAGAUGACUGA